AUGUGGUGGGAUGACGACGAUUACUAUUCCUUACCGUAUUCCUUCGGUUCAAAUGAUGAUAUGGACGAUGAUAGCGACGAUCAUUACACCUUUGACGACGAUUACUAUUACAGUAGCGGCGAAGAUUAUUCCGAUGUUAUUUCUCGACGGAUGAGAUCAAAAAGUGAUGAUGUAGAAGAUAUUACAGAAAUCGAAGCCUCCACGCCGAGUUACCAAGUUUCUUCUCUGCAAGACUUGUGUUGUCGGUUUAUUUCACGGAGAUUUCCCUUCGCUUUCAUCGAGCAUCGAUCUCCCCCGAUUCCGGACCAGCUUCAGCUGAAAAUCAUCCAGUUUUCAUUCCCCGAAGACGAAGAUAUGAUACGGAAGUAUGCUGAGUUUAGUCGCAGCAGUGUUGACUUCUCUGCAGCGAGAAGGCUGGUCGAAAAUGGAACUGUGAAAGAUGUGAAUCAGAUAGGUAGGUGAAAUGAUUAUAUGAAAGUAUUGUCCACCACUGAUACUCUUAUUAAAGUGUGAACGUUAUAACAAAGCCUACCGUUUAAAAGCCCCUUCCUCCCCCCCCCCUACAACUGACAAAAGCGUCUGAUUUCUAGAGCCCUUGCACCUUCCCCCUUCCCUUCCUGAUAAGUCCUCUCUUCCCUCCUCAAAGAAUCAGUUCUUUUGUGGUAUUUUUAUUUAUCUAUAUUACACAUAACUCUUUUUACACCCUAAUAUCAGUAUGCAUAUUCUCCAUACCCUUCUGUAUACAUUUCCUUUGGUACUGGCAAGGAGAGUUGGGUUAACAAUUAAAGCUUCUUAGGUUGGCAAUCAUUUCCUUUAUUCUCAUGAUCAAGAUAAAAUGACUCAGCAGUUUUACCGUAAGGAGAAUUAGAUGUUGACUUCUCCUGGGGUUUAAGGGAAUUAGAAGCAUUUCAGUUCAAGGUAUAUCUGUAUUUGAAAGCUUUUAUUAGUUCCUGUCAUGAAUAAGGUUCUUUCAACCAAAAUAAAAAUGCAUACUGGAUAUGGCAGUCAUUACUUUGGGUGAUUCAGAAGGAACACAAUCCACAUUUGACCAGUUUUAAGUUUUUAUUGAGCCACUGCUCAGAAAGAAGCUAUCCUCUCCUAUAAGCUCCCUAACUAGAAGCCUGUUCUGGGAGGCGUAGUAGGUUACAGUGACAAUGAAGCUAGGAUUGAUUUUGUUUUGCAUGCAAAUUUUUAGAAAAAUUCAUGCUUCAUAUUUACUUUAAACAGCAUCUUAUUCAUCAUAAGUUCAAAAGGGAAAACUUUUUAGAAUCUCCCUUCAUGUGUGUGAGGUUUCAGGGAAUUCUUGAGGUUUUUGAAAGGAAAUUAAAGAAAAAUUUCAUGUGUCAGUUAUAUUUCAGGAGGCAUCAUCAUGCCUCAUUCUGAUUCAUAAAUUCAUGAAUUGUGCGUGCCUUUCUGCAAAAUUCACAAAUCUCAUGAAAAUUUUGGCCUUAAGCACAAAUUACAUAUAGACCCUUUGCCAAACUCUCUGCAAGAAGAUCUCAUUAACAUAGGGAAAACAAAAGUAUCUUUAAGUUAUAUUUACUUUCUUCUCUAUGUACAACCUUCUAGUAUACAUGUAUGCUAUUUACAAAGAGAUUCAAUCUACUUUGAAUUUUCUUAGGUUUUCGCCUAAGUGCAACUGUUGGUGAUCGAAGGACAUAUCCUCGCCGAGGAAAUAACAAUAAGAGCUACGUUACUAUUCAGUUUGACCGUGGGAAAAUUACCUCUGCUCACUGUUCUUGUGAGCUGUCCACAAACUGGUGUGUGCAUGUUGUUGCAACAUGUUUGGAAAGAAUCAAGAAUAAAGACAAAAUUUCUAUUCACAUGCCAAUCUCUGACUCACUCAAUUUGUUGGACAGAGAACAGUUGUUAAAGUUUGCACAGUACCUGCUAAGUGAACACCAACAUGAACCUGUUGUAGAAACAGCCCAGCAACUGCUCAACAGACUUUUGUCUCGUCAACAACAGGACAAGCCAGAUGACAUUAAUUUGAUUGCUGGUGCUCCUGAUCCAACUGCAGGACCAGGUAAUGCACAAGAUAAUGUACAAUAAAUGUUAUCGCAGUAGACACUUUAGUGGCAGAUCCAGGGGGGCUAGACCCUCCCCCUCCAAAUAUAUAGAUUUAGCCAAGCCUAAAAGUGGAGCUCGCACUUUUUUUUCCCACAUGUCUCAAGGGCACAAUGCCUUGCUCUGGCCAGGACUAGAACCCGGGUUGUACGACUUGGAGCCCAGUGCACUGAUCAUUGGACUACUAAACAAAGCCUGUGGCAUGCCCGCGGUACAGUUGACCACACAUGUUAAAAGUAGCACCUUGUACAGUCAUACGGUCAUAUGGUUGUACAUUCAAAUUUAUUUGGCUUGAUGGGUUACUACUAUUUUGUAUAAUUAUGGGGCUAUGCUUUGUGAGCUCCACUAUCAGACCUGUAUUUUACAUGUUGUCUAAGCUCAAGGGCAGAACCACAUAUCACUACUCAACUUGAAGUGUUUCACUUACUUUGAGAUCUCUUAAAAUCGUUUAAGCUCUAGUGUAAAAAAAAAUUCUAAGUCAUCUUGAUCAAAUUGUGGACCCAACUCAGGAAACAAAAGUUCUUGGAUCUCCCCUGGUUCUUUAUACAGUUUAUGGCCAUUUUAACAUGUGGAAAGAAAAACCCAUAGUCGUACUUAAAAACAUUUUUCAAUUGAAGGGCUUGACUCGGAAAUGUCUAUUACAGUGCUGUUAAUUCCUGGAUACUUUGCAUAAAGUCUGUUAAACUAAUUCCUUGUAUACUGUUUUUGAUCAUUGAUAUUUUACCCUUAUGUGCAGUAUGAUUCAUUCAAAUUUUUGAAUAUUGAUUGUUGUUAAAUUUUCAACUUCAGAUUUUGAGUUUCUACUGUUCUUAUAAUUUUGGAAAUGUAGAAAAAAGGAAGUGAAAAAAAGUUCCAAAUAUAGGAACAUUCAGGAUAUAAUGAAAAUUAAUAAAAACAUUAUUUCAUAUUUUGUGAUUUUUGGAUACAAGACUGUUAUAGCCAACUUGGUGCUAUGGGCCUGUGGCACCGGCUAUUACCAUCUCAUUAAUGCAAUUAACUGUUAAUUAUAUAAGGUGUAUUUAAAGAUAUACACUGUACAUACAUUCAAAUAUUCCAGUUUAUUUUUUUAAGUCUUCUGGAAUGCUGCCAAUGAAUUUUUGUUUAAAUUAUUUUCAGGCUUGGACGAAGAAGCUCACUGGUUUGUGUCCAAGAGUGGAUUUCAGUCUCGCUGCGAGAGCUUGAUGUAUGAGUCUCAAGCAGAUCUAGGAUUCAUAUCCUACAAUGAUAGGGAUAAUGACAGAGGCAGUUCGGUAACUGAGUUAUGGGCUAAGAAUUGCUUUCAACAUGCGCUUGUUCAAGGUAUAAAUUACCCUCAGCAGCAAUUUACUUUAAAGUGGUACUCUAAUUGAUCUCAUUGCUGAUUAAAUGUUUGGUCACAAAAGAAAUCAUGGGUGGCAGAUUUUUGCUAAAAGUUAAAAGUACAUGUACAUAAAGGGAUUUUGAAAAUGGAGUGGAUAAUAAAGUUGGCUGAAAGUUUGGGCCUGGUUUUGGGAUUCUGUCUGUAAGGUAGUUAAGACCAUUUUUCUUUUGUGGGGUAGUUGGUUUUCAUGCUGAGUCAGCUUUUUGCAUUUUUUUUUUGUUUUUUUGUUUUUUGCAUUUAUAAAAAGUAUGAAAACCUUUCCAGACUUAUAGAUCCUUAUAAGUUGCACUUGGAAACAUAACCAUUAACAUUUGCAAUACAACUUAUAUGCUUGUUGUUGCUUUUUUUAAAAUUUUUACACUGUAGAUGAAAUGGACCUUCAAUAUAAUGACUACAGCACCUACUCCUCUUCCCGUCGCCUAAAUGUUCUUAAAGUCUUGGAAGCAGUUGCUGAUCUGCUUGAGGAUGAUUUUAUGAGUGCAGUGUCAGCUUUGACCAUGUGCACUGAGCAGUUAACAGAGAGAUUGAACAAGAUCUGCCGUGUAGACUCUCCUGCUGCUGAUACAGCAAUAAGGUGGUGUCGUGCAAAAGAGGAAUCUAAAGAAAACACUGGGACUUUUUUUGGAUCAUUGGCUGGGGGCUUCACACCUAGAAUAUCAAGGUAAUAGUGUAAGCUGGGAGUUUCAAUAAAAAGGUGGUAACUUUCUAAAGAGGCCACUGUAAAGAGUUUUGAAGCUGAAUUUCUGAGCAUGAGCCCUUCAUCAGAGCAAAUGUUUUCAGUAAUGACCUGCUAUGGUAGUCUACCAUCACUCAUAAGACCUCCUACUCCUGUCUGUUUAGCCUGGGAGCAGGCUCUUGUUCUGGGCACAGCUGCCUGCUACAUCAUUAGCAGCUGCUAACCUACAAAGUUGUUGAAACCCUUGGUGUAAGGUAUACAUAUAUGGGUUAGCUGUGUGAACUAGUUGUCUCUAAAUUUUUACCUGCAGUUAAUAACUCAAACCUUCAAACUUAAACCUUCAAACUUAAUCCUUCACACUCUUACAUCGUUAUCCAUUUUCUCCAUACUCUUUUCAAAUAUCGUUCCAAAAAAAAAAUCAUUCAAAAAUCAAAUCUUCUUAGGACUGCAAUCAUUUUAUUCACUCUUAUGAUUUUAAUGAAUGAUUUAGCAGUAUUACUGUACUACUGAAUUUCAAGGGUUGAAUGAGGUUUUUCAGAUAACUUGUAGAGUAUGGGGAGGUAUUGUGAUUAUUUCUGGAGGUCUGGCUCAUUAUUGCAUGGCAAACAUCACUAUGCAUAAGUGUGACAUUGCUGUUCUGUUCAAUUUGUUUUCUAAGUUGCUCUACACUGAGUGAUGAGGUCUCAAGACUGUGGCGAUUAACUGUACUUUGGCCUGGUGUUCCUCCUAAACAACGCAAGGGAAUGAUUGAACAACUGAGAACGUUAAAUCAAACAGGUAUGAUGUAGAUUUUUUCUUUUUUGGUGUGAAAUAUAUAGCAUUACUUGUGAGAAUUUCGUUAAUUCAUUAAAGAGAGCACAUUAGUACUGUGCAUCAUUAGACCAGGUGAAUAUCUUGAAAAUUGAAUUUGACAAGGAUACCCAAUAUUAUGAAGAAACCUCGACUUAGGCAGACAGUAACAAAGCUUUUAUGCAAUUCUGUCAAAUACAGGUUUUGUUGUUUAUUUAUAUCUACUAAGUUGCGUUUUUUUUGGACAGAGAUGAAUGCUUGAGUACAUGUACAUUUUUUGUCACCACUGUUGUUGUUCUUUCAAAAGCAUCUGAGUGUGGGAUGCAUGUACCAGUACAGGCAUCGUGAAACUUGUUAACAAGUUCUCUGUGGCUUCUUUGUUUAAACAUCCAUCGGCAAAGUUAGAACUUGCAACGGUUUGGAUUCUCACCAUGACCUCAGAUUUCGUUGUUGCGGCACCCGUGACAAAUGUUCACCAUCGCCCUUAAACGAAUACAGGUUUGUAGUUUAUGUGAUUUAUUGUGACCAAAUUAUAACUCUCAGUUUCCGUAGCAUUCAUGAAUGGUCCAUUACGUCCUUGGCAUGGUUUAGAAGUCGCUGUCCGAUUGGCUUCCAUCAAUUGGGGUUCAGAUGUCUUCCAGAGUGUCCUCAGGGGAGAGUGGAUCCAGUCUCCUGUUGUAGUUAGCUGUAUGGCUAUCCACCUAACCUGCCAAUUAAAGGAUCAACUUGUGAAUUUGAUGGAGGUAGAUGAAGGGCAGAAAAACGAGGAGCAGUGCAGAGCUAGUAGGAUAUUGUCAUUUCAUAAUCCUCACUGUAUCUCGUUUGGUCCACAUUGUAUUGUCAAUAUCCACUCAGUGUGCUCCAUGAUCGAAGCCUUAUAUAUCAGCAGCAGACAUGAUGAGGCUAUGCGUCUAACUGUUACCCUAUGCAGCACGCUUGUGCUAUUCUACAAAGGUCAUCUCCUUCAACUCUUUGAUGCAGCCACAUUGCCAGUGUCUGCCAGAUGCCAUUUGGGGUCAAGUACAUUACCAGAGGGUGUAAAUGAGGGAGAUCAUCAAACUGAAAACAAGGUUGACUUAGACGGUGGCCAGGAGAUGGAUCCGCUUGUGGAAAUCAAUGGAGAGUCGCCAAUGAACGUUGAUGCCCCUAAUGAGGAGCCAAACUUUGAUCAUGUCUGGCCGGAGAACACCAUUUUGUCUGUAACUACUUUUGCAUUCCUUUUCCACUUUCUCUCUCGAAAGCCUGAUUUGGCCCAGGAAUGCCUCGCAAAAAUGAAGCACACGCUAUCUGAGGAAAUUAGUCUUCAUGCCUUGGAGGAUGCAGAGUCGCUCAGGUUUCACAUAGGAGUUAUUGGAUUAUUACUGCAGAGACUUCCAGCUCCAUCUCUUCACCAUGAGGUAUGUUGUUUUCUUUUUUUUUUUUAAUUUGUUCCUUUUACUUUGUUUGCUUACUACCUGUUGCAUGUAAAAUUCUGUUUUGAUUCAACCGGGAUUAUUUUUGUAACGUGCACUUUUGUAACGGUUCAAAAGUCCCAGAAAGGAACUUUUAAUUAAUUUUCUUUUUCAUUAUUAGUCGGAAUAAAGCAUAGGCGUAGGUCUAGGCCGAAGCUUAGGAUACUUGAAACGCUUGGUUGCAUUGUCUAGUGAAUAUUAAGGUGGAUUAUGAAGUCAUAGGUUGAGAUUUCAGACCUUGAUUUACGGUAAGUGCAACCAUAUACCCAAAAGUAAUGCAAGAUAUCCUGUUGCCCAGUAGAAAUGAGACCUUGUUCGACAGAAAUACGUCUGAACUUCAUCCCAGAGCUCGCGAUAUUCAGAAGGUGAGCCAUUGACACAAGUCUACUUCUGAGACCUGCCUUAAAUUUGUCAUACUCUUUAAGAUACUCUAUAUACCUGGUAGUCGCCAAGAACUGGGUAAGAAGGAAAGAAAGAAAUGGGAUACUGCUAAUUUUUUUUCUUAACUUUAUCAGGUGGAAGAGUACAAUUAUGAAUGCUGGCUCACCUACCAGCUGAUUUGCAGCUCCCCAACUCCCACGGAUCUGAAUUUCUUAGCACAUCUUGGACAACAUCUAAUGGGUGCAGCCACAGCCACAGCCACACCCACGACCACACUUGCGCCACCUUCAUCUCUGACCCGCGUGAUAUUUCAUCAUCUCUUGAAGGGUGCUCCCGCAGCUCUCAGCAAGAAUCUCACAGAGCAACAGAACAUAGGCCUUGACUCUGCGUUUCAUGUUCUUGGGCAUGUUAACAAGUACAUGUUGAAAGAAAGAUCUCCCUCAUGGAUGCUGUUCCAGUACGCAAACUGUAGACUCUGGGCCAAACUGGCUGAAGUGGUGUUACGGUCCCUGUCGGACUCUCCCGAACUUCUUAAAAAAGCUAUGACCUAUAUCCUUCAGCCAAGGGGAAUGCUAGGUGUACCAAUUCCGGAGGGCACAUCAAAUGAAACCAUUUCAUUUGAAGUGAUGUCGCGUUUGCGUAACAUGGAGGUUGUUAAGGCGAAGUGUCGUAUAGCUUACAGCCUGGCGAAGGCGCUCAGCUCCAAACAGGGUAACACUAUAAAAAUGUCGGAGUACAAAGCUGAGACUGGUGGUCGACAAUGGAGAAGAGAAAGUAUUGAGAUGGAAAUGCCUAGAAAGAUCAUGAAGGCCGGUGUGGGGAAUGCGCUGAAAAUGUGCGCGGUUCAGAUUGGUGCUCACUGUCUUUAUUUAGAGAAGCUUUCUGACAGAAAUCGCGCACACAGUGAUAUGGUUAGGUGAGUUAUAGACUUGUGUGGGACACCACGAUUGUACCCAACCGCUUUGCUACUUAUCACAGGGUUCGAAAUUACGAUGAGUUGGUCGCUUAUGCGACUGAAAAUUAACUGUUGGCGACCAGAAUCUCACCGCCUGCUGGCGACCUUCUUUAAGCCUUGUCAAGUUGUUUUUUUAUUUAUUUAUUUUUCCUUUUUUUUUAAUGUGAACCAAAAUUCAAGAAACGAAACUCCCGUUCUUUUGUUGUUGCUGUUGUUGUUAUUACUGCGCUUUUUUUACUCGCAUUCUCGUAUUUGCCUCUUUGGCACCAAAACGUAAUCGCUUCAUACGGCGUUUGUGGAAACAGUGACUGGGAAAUAAAAAAAUUUUAUAGAAGCACUGAAUGUGCUCUGCAUCGGGUCCACAUCAAUGCCUCAAUUUUGGGGAAACGGAAAUAUUGUUUCUCCAUUGUAUUUUUUCUGAUAGUUUUAUUUUGAUUUUUUACCCCCUUAAGUUAUGAUUAAUCGACCUAACCAUUUUUCAUAGAUGGCUGCUGGACUUUGUUGUGAGUUCGGGAAUGGAUGCAGUGAAGUGCCUUGUGAAGUGCGAAGGUGGAGUUAUGCUUUUCCUUGCUCAAAGCGAACUGUUGACUCUUUGUGAAAAAGUCCUCCAGGUAAACAAAACAGACAUUUAUACUAUGGCUAGUUUGAAAAAAUUUUACUCUUUCCGCACAGUUGAAUUGUUUAAAAUGAAAAGGAAAAAGUGCGAGAUAUACCAUCUUUUCAAUAUGCAGUGUUAGGGCUCUACGAUCCAGGGCGUGAAAUUAAUUUUUUUUCUGAUAGCCACCUGGCUCCUAAAUUCUUCAAAGUGGUAGCCAAUUCAAAAAAAGUUGGUCGCCAUUUUCAAAGACAAACAAAAUCUCUCUUUACGCUGUCAGCGUUCUAGAUAGACCCUCCAAAAUUAAGUUAGGGAAAAGAUCUUUAACGUGCUACAAAGUGGACACUAGGAUGGAUGAUAUACAAAGUUCAGGCUCAUCUAAAUCCAAGAUGGCGUCUAGUUAUCGCUCGAGAUGCAUGUGCUACGUUUUGGAAACAAACUUAAGAGGAAGUUAGCCGCGGAUUUAUCUUUGCAAAUCUUUUUAAUUCACUAUAUCUCUUGGUAAGGUUAUGAUGAAACGUUGUAGUCGCCAAUUUGGCGACUAACUUUCAGGAUUUGGUCGCCAAAGUGAAAAAUUUAGGCGCAUUGGCGCCUGUAUUAGGCGCAAUUUCACGCCCUGCGAUCAGGAGAAAAGUUUGCAGAUUUCAUUUUUUGCGUUUCAAUGUUCACGCCCAUCCCUGUAACUUGGUGUUAAGGCUUUAAAACCCAUAUAAAGAAUGAUCCAUAACUGCCGGAGUCUACUCUCUUUAUUCGUUUCAGAUGCUCGUGGCCAUAAGUUGUUUUUCAUUUAACUUUAUUUUUCAGUUUUUUUUUUCUUGUCAUCCUGGUACGGGCCUUCUAGGUAUUUGGAAUUGAGGGUCGUGCGUUUGCUUGUUUUUCUUUAGAAGUUUGACCUUUUAAGUGCUAGAGAUAUCGUCAAAUCCAUUCUUCUGUCUCUGUUGGAAAAGGCCAGUGGUUCUCAAAAGUUAGACGACAUGAAGAAACUUGUGUCGUUUUGCAGGUAACGUGAAUGUUCUUUUUCGCAUUAUAUUUGUUUCCAGUUAUUAAAUAAAGAUACAUUAUGUUGGUCAGUUGUAGAGGCCGCUUAUCAGGUCCAUAAUCAAUCUAAACGGUCAGUUUAGCAUUUCAUGCCACGUUAACUAGAUCGACCUAUCGAUUGACAGAAUUUGAAUCCAAGAUGGUGACGUGUCUUUUUCCACUGUGUUACAGUCACCCAGGGGUUGCGCAGAGUCAGUAACGUGCAUUAGUUUCGCAAUUGUUCGAAAGAUUCAAAAGAUACAGAAAGCUUGGUCUGUAAAAACAUUUUACUAACCAACUUUGCUCAUCGUUUUGUAGAGACAAGCGAUGUGCUAUACAAAUGGAACUUCUUCCUUGGAUCUGCCAAAGACUGAAAUCCCUAGCAGAAGGCGAAGCCUUUUUACCCUUUGAAGUUCUCAUGGAUGCGAGCCUAGGUAUGUUUGAGCACUUCAAAGAAAAGCUGUCAACGCAAGAGAACAUCAACCGGCGCAUGUGGAGUCCUAGGGGAAAAUUUGGCCUGGUAAGGACCUUUUUUCUAUUUGAGCAUUAGGCACUUAAUCUAUUGAUAAUCUUGAUUGAUAAAUUUUUGUAACACUUAUUUCAAAAAGCCUGCGACAGUAGUCACCGGUUUUAUACAAGUUAAAAAAUUGACAAGCCAAAUCAACUGGAAAAGGAAAACGCGCAGUCCACAUUUUCAAAAGCCAACAAGCAGGCUUAUCUAAGACGUGUAACAAAGAAGUCGAGCUCCGGGGCAACUGACAACAAAUCUUGGGAGUAGCAGGAUGGCGUGAUUGACUGCCAAUAGGCUGCAAAUAGGGAGCAGGGAAAGUUUCUAAAAACACCUAAAAAAUGUCUCUAAAAUAUUAAAUAUAAUUCGAAAAUGUUUAUUGUUUCGAAACCCCAGAGGAGGCUUUUCAGUGAUGAAGGACAAAUAGAAGACGACUCAGACAAUGAGGACAGUGACGGUCUUAUGAACAAUAGGAAUCCAUACAAGACUUCAGAACCACACCCGCACCUGCAAGUGGCGUUUGAUCUGGGAAUGAUGGGAUUGGAGAAAAUCAAAGAAAGAGCCGAUGAAUGGGAAGAUGAUUGGUAUCCACGUUAUCACCGCUGUCCAGUCAAGGAGCACCUCACCGUAUUCUGCAGGUAUUCCAGUCUCUCUCUCAUAAUCAUCGUCAUCAUUAACAUCAUCAUCGUUAUCACAUCGUUUUCUACCUAAGCCGAAGGCUUAGACAGAAAACACAGACACGAGGUUUAAUAAUUCAUGAUAUCAUGCGAAAACCGAAUUCAUUUAAUUGUUUUAUCAAACAUUUGUUAAACAAUCUGCAAAAGAAGACACCUGUCUGAGUUUGCAAAGGUUUGUGAACACAACACAGACGAGGUGCUUGGAACUUAGGAAGAUUUUGAAAUGAUAACUCAAUAUUAUCUGCAGUAGAUAUUGGGUAAUUAUGGCUCUCGACCAAUCAGAGUUUUUAUAGUAAGUCCUAUGUCUAAUAACAUUUUAUAUCAGUAUCGUGUUAUUGUUAUCAUAACCACAAUCGUUUAUGGACUCCAUGAAAUAAACCUGCUUCCUAAAAAAAGCCUUGGAAUAAAGGAAAACGACCAUGUCGAUAAACCCUGUAACUUUAAUAAUAUUAAUGACGUUAUUUACGAGUCAACGUGAUUUAGCAUCGCUUCUAAUUGGGGACAAACCAUCUUGGCAUGUGAAAUUAAAAAUGCUAGGAUAACUACGCGCGGUGAAAAUGUCAUGAAAUAGUGGUAUUUAUUUACGUCUUUACUAGUCAAUAGUCUUUAUUAGUAUUUAGUGUCAUUAUUAUCAUUAUUAUUAUUACCAUUGUUAUCAUUAAUGAACCGAUAUUGAAUCAAGCCCAAAUUGGUCACAGGGUGUAUUGUCUUAUUUUAUACUGACAGGCUUGUGUGCUAUGUGGCAAAGAAAACGUGGCUCACUGAAACUCAAGAAACAUAUCAUAAAUUUUCCAGAAAAAUUCGAAUUCUAGACAAACCUCGAAAGAAGGUCGAUAAAACAAUUGCGAUUUCCGAUGACAAACCAGGAUGCAGUCAUUGGGAAGAUGGUAUGCUUUUGUUAGAUUUUAUUGUUUUAGUUCAAGGGGUAGAAGACAUUGGAUGUACGCUGUGCUCUUAGUUCGAUAAAUUCUUGAGCGGAAUGUACCAGCGCUAACGUUAGAUAAACUCAAGAAGCCAUGUCCCAGUGCUUCUAAAUUAGAUUUUGUACAAUUUUAUUGAAGCACGUGUUGACUAAAACAAAAACUAAAUAAGUCAACGUUUCAACAACUUGAUAGGAACCCUUAAGAACCUGCGAUCGACUGUCACUCUGGGUGUUGUUGUCCUUCUUGCUAUUUUAAAACAGCUGGAGCUUCUCUUUUAGGCGAGGCUGUAUUAAAUGCACUUUGGCCUGAAGGUUUCAGAAUUGGGGAAUAUCACUUUGGGAAUAUCACUAGACAUUCCUCAGUUUUAGCUGGGACAUUUUCGGUCACGUGGUGCGUGUAGAUCGAAUUACAAGAAGAAUUGUCUUCCAUUUAUUUUUGCAUCUUGAACUCAUUUAAUUUUCAGCACAAUCACAGAGUGUCUCUCAAAAGUCUUCCGAGGAUUCAUACCUGCACAAAUUCGUUUGUUCCUUGAUCAGUAACGUCGAUAAUCCCAUGUGGCUUUUCGAGGUGGUUAAAGAGGUAACACUUACAUCUGUAAAAUGAUAUAACCAUUUAAGGGAUGAUAGGAUGUUCAUAGGGAAAAGCUUGAUAAUAAGACUCCGCCUUCUUAAGUCAAAAUUUUGCAUCGGAUUGCUUGUUAUUUUUUUAUUAUUAUUAUUUUUUAUUUUUUUGGCCGAGAAAGGUCUGGGUUUUCACUUCAUGUGUUUGCUAUGCAAUCAUAGUAUGUGGUGAUACUUUGUCUGCUCUCUGAUCGUAAUUAUUCUUCACAGCUUGGGCAACACCUGAACACUGAAGGCGCACGUAGUAGCCCGUCAUCAAGGGUUGAAAGGUAUGAGAGACGCGACGCAGAGAUCAAAGAAGCUUGUCAGACUCAUCCUUCAGUUAAGCUUCUACUUCAAAGGUAAAGAAGUUUUGGUUCGCAUUUGAGGAUAUCACAUACCCCUGGCUUCGUACCGAGUUGCCUGAAGCUCGUUUGCUUCAGAGGCAGCUGUAUUUCUAGUUUUUGCUUUGUGGUUUUGAUUUUCCUUUUUGUGGUGGUAGUUUACUAGUAAAAGUUCUUAUUCAUAAUGAAAUAAAUUUCUUUUCCCUGGCAGAUGAAAAUCAAGUAAAGCAAUGAUUCUUGCAGGUGAGCCGCAAUGGAAGCAAUUGCAGAAAAGAAGCUUGAAAACAUUCAGGCUUUCUGCCUAAAUUGCAGCUCACCUGCAAAGACCAUUGCUUUACUUUAGUUAAAUUUCUAAAAAAAGAGAAAAAAAGGAAAAAAAAAAAAAAGAAAUUCUGUUUGGCCAGGACACCCAACAAUAGGCCAUAUUACAGUUGUGUGCUCAGUUGCCAAGCUUAUGAUUUGGAGUGAGGUUGAAGGUGACCUUGUUGUGAUAGAGACCAGUAUCUAGUAUCUAGCAUGAUAACAAAGAAAUAUACAUUUGAAAACCGUGAUGUUCUGUAUCAUAAAAAGGUCACACUCAGCCUCACUCCUGUUCCAAGGCUUGGCAACGAAGCACGCAACUGUAAAAUGGACCACUACAGAAAGAGGCCUGAAAAAUUCAGGCUCUCUGCCUAAAUUUCAGCUCACCUGCAAAGAUCAUUGCUUUAUUUUAGUCAAAUUUCUAAAUAAAAAGUGGAAAAAACCUUCUACCACUUUCUCCACCAACGAAUUUUUGUCCUUUAAGGAUCUCCUUGUACAAAAGAGCAAUCAUGCAUGAUGUGUACCUGUGUAAAGAUCAAAAAAAAGAAUCAUACUUUAAUGGUCGUCAUACUUUUAAGUCAUUAUUUUUUCUUCUUAAUUUAGAGCCGUUGAUGAAUUUUUGAAACUUUUAAGUGGCCCCAAGAUGGUAACCGCCGUUGAGGAGGUUACCCAUCGCCGCGACCGACGCCAUCUUGAACCUUCGGAAAUAAUGUACGAACUUAGGCGCUCCAAGGUUAUGAACACAAACAUGACAGACUUACUGAAGACCACGAAGAGAGCUCUCAAUAUCUUGGAUUCCAGUGGAGCCAAGCUUAAAGACUUGACAGAAGAGAUUUCAAAACAGUAUCCCAUUUUGCAGCCGUUGUUGGAUCAUGUGUUGGGAGAUAAGGAUAUUUACUCGUCGGAUGAGCGCGAAGUGGGUCUGUUUCGGUCACACGCUGGCAUUUUCCCUGCUUUGGUUGCCCAUGGCUUGUUCCCGGGCAUGUUUGAAAGCGCCUUCUCGGAUGACUAUUUUUAACUGGAAACCGCGUUUAAAGUGCAAAUUAACCCGCGACAACGAGGUCAUUAGUAUAGGUAACAACAUAAUUUCGAGUGUAAUUUAAAGUUAAGAAGCACUAGUGAAUUUUUCAAAGACAACAAAAUUGCACUAGCCCACAGGGUAAGAGUAAUUUGUAGUCUUUAAAAAAUUUACUAGUGCUUUUUACACCAAAUUGCAAGAGAAAUCAUGCUAUUUCUUGUUAACAAUUUACAUUAAAAAAAAAACAUCACAGAAAGUCAAGACAGACGAAAUUUUGAAAACGCACGCGCGCUAUUUGUAAUUUGCACUCGUGUUGCAUGAGAGUGCACUCGUUUUCAGCCAAUCAGAAGCGCGUACUUUUUUCAUGUAGACUAUUAUGUUUGUUUUUAUUAGGGUUUAAAGGAGUUUAAAUACCAAUGUUCGCCUUUAUGAUUAGGUUUUCUCAAGGAAACAUCCAGCGCUGUGACAAGUUGCCGUUAAACGGCUGGAGAUAUUGUAUAAACAGAAGAUUCGAUAACAUGCAGUUUAAAUAUAGGAUCAACAUUUUUUACUAAAAACUGAACGAUUUUCAACAGCCAUGUUGAUGUUUCAGUUCACUUUUUCCAUCAGCUCACUUUCGAGCCUUAAAUUGUAGCUGUUAUCAUCAUCAGAUAAGCUUUGCUCCUAUUUUUGAAUACAGGUGGUAGUUUGAACCAUGAAACAAACCUUUCGUUUUUCCAAAUUCAUUUUGUGUUAGAAAUGCUAAUGAUUAGAUGUGAAAAUACGAUAAAAGCUUACUGCUAUUUUAAAAAAAGUUUACUUGAAAAUCUGCACGAAACGUUAAAUGUAUCCCCUGGAUUCAACCACUACAAUGUAGCUGCUGAAAGAGGAUUUACCUUUUCAUCUAAGUUGUUGAGAUAUUAGGUAAUGUUGUUUUGUUUUUUAAUUGCUUUUGAUGCCAAUGAAUUAACUAUAAAUCAGUUAGGGGUAACUCACAGAUGGCCACCAAUAACUUGCUGUUUUGGACUUCCAAUUUGAAUUAUGGAAAUAAUUGUUUUUCGGUCAGAUGAAAUACAGCCAUGAUACUGCCAUAGAAAGAAGAAUGUGUAUGACUUCUUGAAUAAAACGUGAUUAAUUUUUUUCUGCGUUAAGAACAACGAAAAGGCCUGAAAUAAGCACUCUUUUUGGGGAAGCUAACGAGACUGACCUAUUCGGAGGGGAGAGGGGUGGUGGGUUUGAGAGUUUUUGGGGAUCACAUGGUUUUCAGAAGGAAUGGAGGUGGGGGUCAGUCUCGCCAACAGAAAAUUU